UCACCUCAUCAUCCGUAGCUCCAGGCGAUUACUUGCCUCCUCCGUUCUUCUUCUUCGUUCUCUUUCAUUCUCUUUUCCAUUUGAUAUCCCAGGUGGAUCGGUAUAUUUACAUUUUAUAUCCCUUACUAUUUUAAUUCUCCGUCCAUAUAAUCGAAUCGCUGCUCCGUGAGCCAGCAUCACCAAAUCUGACAUCCACACCACAUCAACAUCAACAUCACCAUGGCAAUCUUCAGGAACCUUCUCACGUGUGCAAUCGCCUUCAGUGGGCUAUCCACCGCCCUCCCGCACAGCAGACGACAAGAAGCUGCGGCGCCAGGCCUGACAGAUAUGCAGAUUCUGCAAUUCGCCCUAACACUCGAGCACCUCGAGUCCGCCUUCUACACGGAAGGCUUCGCGAAGUUCCCCGCGGCAGACUUCCUUGCGCUGGGGCUCGACCAAGCAACGAUCGACGGCCUACAGGCCAUCGGCAAAACCGAAGCAACGCACGUCAUCGUGCUCUCAGACACGAUCACCUCUCUCGGGGGGACGCCCGUUCCCGCCUGCACCUACAAAUUCAACCUGAUCGACGCCGCAUCCAUGAUCGCGACGGCGCGGGUUCUCGAAGCGGUCGGGAUAUCCGCAUACCUCGGCGCAGCCCCACUGGUGAGCGAAAAAGCGAUCCUGAGCGCCGCGGCGUCAAUCGUUACCGUCGAGGCGCGCCACCAGACGUUUAUCCGCACCGCGCUGAACGCCCAGCCCGUGCCGCAGGCGUUCGAUGCCGCCAUCGGCCCGCUGCAGAUCUUUACGCUCGCCGCGGGGUUCAUCGAUGUGUGUCCCGAGGCGGCGAACCUGGGGCUCACACCCCUCGCCCCGCUGAAUGUUCUUGACGCCGGGAGUAUACGUGCCGGCAGCGCGCUGAAGAUGACGGUGCCUGAUGCGGCGAGGGAGGCGGGGCUUAGCUGUACUUUCACUACUGGAGAUGGUGGCCUGGUGUUCGCUAAGUUUGAGAAUGGCGGCUGUGUGGUCCCUGAUGGACUAGGUGGUGAGGUGUUCAUGACGGUCACUACCGAGGCCGAGGGCGUUAAGGUCCUUGAUGAUACGAAGAUUGUCGCUGGGCCCGCUGUGCUGGUGCUGUCAUAGUACACCACUCCAUCCAACCAUCCAGCCAGCCAGCAAUAACAGCCCGUGUACUAUGUAAUCACACCUCCUCGCCCAUGCCCAUACCGUCGACGUCGAGCGUCGAGCGUCGCAUAUCACAAUUUCCUUUGUUUCCCCCAAGUUUGCAUUAGGUAGUUAGAUAGAUAAUGUACGAGUACCUAUGAACGAUGAAUCCAAUCCAAUGCAGCCAGGCGGCUACAGUCUACGCUACGAGUACAUAGUUGGAGGUAGUUGGACGAUGCAGAAAUUGCAGAACUUUGAGACGUGUCAAACGUGGAUGAGAUGUGGAUGAGGUGUGGGGUGGGAUGUGAAACGGAAGAUGAAACACGUGCGGAAAAAUAAGAAAAAAAGAAGGGAUAAGCCGAGUGAGUAUCUGUGAUCAAAG